AUGCAAUAAUCAAGUUAUGCAUAUGAGAGUAAAUUUUUAAAAUUUUAUCUCAUAAGAAUAAUCUAAUUAUUCCAAGAAAAAACCUUGAAAAUGGGAUUCAGAGAAAUCAAAUUAUAUGCAAAUACUGCAUCAAAAAAAAAAGAAUUUGAAAUUAUAAAACAGUCUUAAUAAUUAUUUGAUGGAGAAACAUAUAUUUCCACCAAGGAAUAUUCAAAAAUUCUAGAAACAUUACCUAAAAUCAAAAUAAUUAUUGAUUUGUCUGAACAUUUAAAAAAAAAACUUGAAUCAAAUCCAAGAUAAAAAUUUGGUUCAGUAAAGGACACAUAAUGUUUAAUCCAACAAAAUGAGCAUAAGCAAUCAUAAGAAAUAAUAACUUAAAGAGCUAUAAAUAAAUUUUUAUCAAUGAAAUCGAUAAGAUGUAUAGGAUAAAACUAAAUUAAUAAACAAUCUUAGGCAAACUAAAAAACUAAAAAAAUAAUUUAUCAAUAGUUUAGCAUUAAAUUGUUAUUGGGUUUAUUUAUUAUAUCAUCCAUAUAUAUCAUGUUAAUAUGUUAUUUCAAAUGA